AUGUGUUUGCUUUUAUCUGCAUCAGUUCUAAGAUGUAACAUCUUCUUGGCUUCAAGAGAAAGUAACAAACCCACUUUUCAAGUGUCAUCUACAGAAGUUUGGAAUUGGAGGACAUUACCACCGAAAAAGGAUCUCACGAGAUAUAUCAAAUGGCCAAAGUCCAUCCGUCUCCAGAGGCAGAAACGUAUUCUGAGGCAGAGGCUUAAGGUUCCACCGGCACUGAACAAGUUCACUAAAACCGUUCAAAAUAACUUGGCUUCGUCAAUCUCCUUCCCUUUUGUUGCCCUUAACUACCCUUUUAUUCUCCUCAAGUACAGGCCUGAGGACAAAGCAGCCAAGAAGAAACUUCUUCUCAAAAAAGUUCAGUCUGAGGCUGAGGGAAAGCCUGUUGAAUCGAAGAAGCCAAUUGUUGCGGAGUAUGUCUUAAGCAUAUUACAUGCCUCAUUGAGCAGGUCUCUAGCUGUUCUAAAUGGUGAACUUUUUACUUACCAUAAUUCUUCUGUGUUUUCCAAUUGUAUAAAGUAG